AUGUUAAACAAAAUUCUGACAGCAACUGGUUGUGCUUCCGCCUCUUUAAAAAAGGUUCCACUUCCAGUUUAUGGAAAUGGUAUCAUCAUGUCACCAAAUUAUCCGAACCUGUAUCCACCUAACGUCACAAAAACAUACUCCAUCUGGAACGUGAGUCAGAGUCAUGGAAACGACGUGUCCAUAUCGUUACAAUUUUCAUAUUUUGAGAUCGAGCAAUGCACUUCAUGUUCUUGUGACCGUGUGGAAAUUCUCAGGGACGGAACUGUUACAAAGACAUUCUGUGGAAGUGUCUUACCAAACGGAGAUGGUCUUGUGCAAGUUGGAGACGGUACAGAAUCAGUUAGUGUCAGAUUUAUAUCAGAUUCCAACACCAACGUAAAAUCAGGAUUUUUUGCCAAAUAUAACAUAUUUGUGGUGCAUCAAGCUACUACGACACCUAUCACCACUUCAACUAUGCCAUCUUGUUUACCUGUUGUCUGUCCUACUUGUCCCGCUGGUGAAUCGCCUACCUACCGGUACUAUAAUGACCGUUGUCCAGCUUUCUGUAUAUGUCAGGUUUCUUCACUUCCCACGGAACCUGUACCGAUAGGAACGGUGGUAAGUCGAGAUUAUCCAAUGGAGAACAAUGAAACAUACAUUUACCAGGGUUACAUAAGGACCCCCAGUAUGGCCCACUACCCUGGUCACUAUCCCCUGGUCUAUACAACUGAUAUCAGGAUCGACCUCGGCCAGGACCACAUCUUCAAGGACAAAUACGUGAAACUUACGUUCCUUCACUUCGAUAUUGAUCAUUGUAAAUAUGGUUAUGACGGUAAAACAUGCCGCUGUGAUUACAUCACGUUCAACAACGUUCAAGGGCUUGAGAAUACUCGACUCUGUGACAGUAAUAACAUCACGAUGAACCAAACCUACAACUUACGACCCGCGAGCAGGUCAGAUAGAUAUCUAGAGUUUACAUUCACGUCAGACGUUUUCCUUGUAUUGACCGGUUAUGUGAUCAGAUUUGAAGUGGAGGACGGGAAAGUUCCCACUUGCCACGAAGCUGACCAGGUGUGUAAUGGGACACAUUGUCCUUUGGGAUACAGGUACGAUUUCGCUGGAUGUCGCAUGUGUGAUUGCAUCACCACAACAAUCCCAACCACCACAGUCACUACUACAACUCCUGCACCGACAACACCUAAGUUAUUUAAAUCGAAACUUCUCGAUCGAAUGAUGGAACUUAUACAUGGACUGACCUCACUCUACAAUGAUAUACGAGACAGCAGAGUUAUUGACUAUGCGUGA